AUGUCGGGGUUUGAGCCUUUAAAUACUAUCUGUGUCAAGUUCACCAUAGGGGACUUGCACAUUCGGGUUUCGUCCAAGUUUACGCCGAAGCUCUCGACAAUGCUACUAGGAACUCCGACAUACGCCGUCAAGACCAACACUGAUACACUUAUCUCCACGACAGCAUCUGGCAAGGACGCAAUCAGUGCCUCGAACGUCAUCACACUCACCGCCUCUCUGGGUUUGAAUGGCCCUGUUCUGCGCCACAACAGGGACUUUGAAACCCUGGCUGCCGACAUGAAAACCAAGCGCUCUGAUAUCGAAACGGCGAAUGCCUACGGAUAUUCACUCUAG